GUGAGCUAUUGUGCUGUGCUGCCAUUGCCGCUAUCCGCACCCAACAUCAAUAACCACAAUGCCUUGACAAUACGAACGAUUCGGAUUCCCGUAUACCUCUCCAUGCACCGUGGUCAAGAUGUCUCAACAAUCUUUUCCCGGAGGCACAUCCUCUCCAAGUUCCAACAACGACGACCUGGCUACCGAUGACACUACAGACGACGGCAACAUGGACGACUACGUAAAACGCUGGGAGGAGCGCAACAGCGAAGAGACACACAAGGCGGCUUUAGCAGCAGCUCACGCUCACCACACCGCCAUCAGAGAGAAAGCAUUGGAAGUCCUCGAGAUUUCGAAGCUUCGUGAGGAAACCGAAAAGCUCCGACAAAAGAGGAUUCAAACGGAGGAACGUGUCAGGCUCGAGACCGAGCGGGCAAUGGAAGAGCUGCGAAUUCGAGAAGAAGAGAAUAAAGCCAAGUUGAUCCCCAAACCGCCACCAAGAGUUCCCACUCCCCCUCAACCAAUUCAGCAACCAGUUCAGCAACCGAAGCAGCCAGAGUUCACCUCAGCUCCUGCCAAUCAGCCAGUCAAUCAACUCACACAGGCACCAAAGCAAGCAUCUGCCCCCAAUGUCUUCCAGUCAAGCCAGACGCAGCCCCCACCAAACACCUCCCAGGCGAACUUGAAGCAACCCACAUCCCAGCAGACCACACCAGCUACAGCCUCGCACCCCAUGCAAGCACAAUUGCAAGUCUCUGCACAACAGCCGAAGCAAGCGCAACAACCUACGCAAGCACCUUCAACGACUGCACAACGCCCUCAGGCGCCGUCCAAUGCUUCCCAAGCACGUCAAGCCCCCUGGACCGCCCGACCGGCCUCGCAACACCUCGAAGAGCAAAAAAUCAUGCAUCAAUCAGUUGAUCGCUAUGCUGACAUUCACAAGAAUUUGAAGGACCUCCGAGACGCAAUCCGGCAAUUUGGUGAACUUAAUCGUCAGUUCAAGAACGAGGCAGGUGCGAUGCGUCGAGCCAUAAUCAUGUCAGUUGGUCAACUCACAGAAGGUAGAGGUGUUAACAAGGUCCAAAUGCAAAAUAUUUGCGCACAGCUCGAUGCAUCCCUGGCCAUGCCCAUUCCCCCGCGAUUCGAAAGAGCUCUACUCUUCAACCCCGCACUGGUUAUGACAAGCACACCUCCUCCGUCGAAGAAAGAGGACACGCCAAACAACGGGGACAAAAUGCCUUUGCUUACCAUCUACCUCCUCAACAUUUUGGCCAAGGCUGCUAUCUCUCAAUUCUGCACUGAGGCAGGUGCGAACCCAAAAGCCGCCGACCCGGUUGGUACGCUCAUCAUCUCAAUCUUCGCGCAGUCCAAGUACUGCUGGCGUGGAAAAUCAUUGAUCGAGAUCAUGAUUGCAAAAUUCAGGAUCACUUGCCCAGUUCUGUUCGGGUUCCGCGGAAACGAGAAGACUGAAGAAGGUAGAGAAAGACUGGGAUGGAAGAAAGAUGUAAAUGGCAAUUGGAUUUCGGAGCAAGAACACAAUGAUCGCAUGACUGGUCUUGGCGCUGGAUGGGCUUCGAUCUGUCUUCGUGACUUUUCAAGAACACAACUGGACAAUCCAUGGCCUCCGAUCAAGUAUUGGAAAUCCUUGGCAUUCAUCACCAACACACCUUCGGGGGAAACAUCUUCCACCCAAUUCGUUGUAUUGAAGGCCAUGAUCGACAAUUACACAGCCCUCUUCUUCAAAUGCUUUGGCGACAUGGGAGUUCGGGCGUUGCAUGAUGCCUUGCAAGUAUUUCCAAGGAAAGCAGCCGCUGGCAACGUGGCAGCGAGUUCGUUGCAGGUUUUGGCCGCUAAAUUGCAGCGAGAUACCGGUCUUCUACUUGCAGUCAGCUGAAUGAAAACAUUCGGGAAAACCAACAGGGGGUUGUUUGUCACACUGGGAGUUAUGGCGUUCGGAGGUUGGAGUUGGAAAGCAUAGCUGGAGCAUUCGGUGGUGUGAAAUCAAAAUGCUUUAUAUGCGUGUAUUCGGUGCAUAAGAAUGGGGGUAUACUAUGGCACGAGGCGUAUUUGUUCUUUGAAAAUUCAAUUUGAAUCGAUACUUGAAUCUGUUUUCUGU